AUGCUUCGUGAUAGCACCAUAACGGGCUUUCAAGGUCUCCUCUUCGCACAUGUGGGAAGUAGCCCGAUCCCUUCAUGCAUAUGUACCCAGCUGAAAAGGGAGCAGACCACCAGACAAGCCCGGGGCAAGCAGCUCUCGACGAACGAGGGCAAACAUGGCCACAUAGGACCGCCCGGCUCGGGUCUCCCCGUGCACAUCUCUUGCACCUUGACACGGAUCGCCAGCGACUGGCGCGCAUCUUCUGUCGUGCCUCCCGCCCGGAGGCGGCUUCGACUCGUGGCUUCGUGCUCGGCAAGCCUUGGCCUCUGGCAGCGGCCGACGCGCAUGCUGUGCCACCAAUCUUGCUCGGCACCGGGCUUCUCUCGGGAGCUGUGGCUGUUGGGCAGGCAUUGGCAGUGGCACUGGGUGCGGGGCAGGCCUGUUGGACAUGUUGGGAAAUUGGCGGGCCCUGCCCCAUUGCAACCUGAUCUCUCAUCUCAGACCUGCACUGUCGGGGCUGCGCGUUGCUCCGCGCAGCGAAUGAAUGAGGCACUCAUCGUGUGGGGUGCAUGUGUGCCCAACGCUCGCAGCUCACACCAUCUGGAAGACCGAGCCUGCCUCAUCGUCCCAGUCAUUGGUAUUCCGCCGCGCAGGAAUGUUCUCAUGCUGACUUGA